AUGAAGCAACGCUUGCGCACCAAAGUGUGUUUCCAGGCAUUGACAAAGAGGCGGAAGGAGUUUGUAAGACCUGUAUGGCCUUCUGCACCAUGGCAACAUCUAGCGGCUGACUUAUUGGGUCCACUGCCUUCCGGUGAUUACGUCUUUGUCGUGGUGGACUAUUACAGUCGAUUCUUUGAAAUGGAAUUCACCAAAUCUACUACAUCUGAAAAGGUUAUAUCAAUGCUGUCCAAGAUUUUCGUCACUCAUGGCCUUCCUUUGUCCCUCAGGACGCACAAUGGGUCGCAGUUUGCCAGUGACUAUUUCAAGAAGUACUUAGAAGGGAAUGGAAUUGAGCACCGGCGAACCAUACCCUUAUGGCCACAGGCAAAUGGUGAGAUUGAAAGACAAAACCGCAGUAUCCUGAAACGCCUGUGUAUUGCCCAAGCAGAAGGUCGUAACUGGAGAUCAGAGAUGGACGACUUCUUAAUGAUGUAUCGUAGUACACCUCAUUUUACAACUGGGAUUAGCCCAGCAGAAUUGUAG